AUGUUUGUCAAAUUAGUUCAAGAUAUAUAUAUUGAGAGGAAGUCUACACUUUCUAUACUGUGUACUGAUGUCCAAAAGGCAUUUGAUACGAUUAAUAGAGGAAUUCUGUGGAAGAUUUUGGAUAAAUAUGGUCUAAACGAGAAUGAGUUGAAUAGAAUUAAAUUGUUGUAUUAUAAACCGUAUACUCAAAUUAAUGUAAAUGGAAGCUCAUCUAUUGAUGUUUGUUGUGAUGCGGGUGUGAGGCAGGGUUGCCCGUCAGCAAUGCUAUUGUUUGUGAUUUAUAUUGAUUUACUUUUGAAAAAUAUACAGACAGAUCAAAUGAUUAAUUCUAUUUACAUACCGGGAAUGACUGAGCAUGUUAAGUUUAUAGCGCACGCAGAUGAUAUUAGUUUCUUUUUGGUUGAUCAACCGUCAGCGAAUAGGACUGUGUCCAUAAUUAAAAAGUUUAGUAAACUGACUGGAAUGGUGGUUAAUGAAAAUAAAUGCAAGAUGAUGAAUGUAUAUGGUGAUUUACGAUGCGAUAUGAUGAAUGUGAAUAAGGUAAAUAAUGCUAACUUGUUAGGAAUUUGGUAUGGAUUAAAUAGUCGUGAAAAGACUGUAGAAGUGAUUUUGCAAAAGGUGGAGAGUGCUAUUGAAGAAUGGGAUGAUAACUGGUACUAUAUGCCUGAGAGAGUAAAAAUUAUUAAUAAGGCAGUUUAUUCAAGGAUAAUAUAUCAGCUUUACACAACAAGUUUGAGAAUUUCUGAUAUUAAGUUAAUUGAGAGGAAAAUUUUUAACUUUGUUUGGAAAAAAACCUAUGAGCCAAUGAGCCGAAGGAUGAUGAAAAACAGGUGGGAUAAUGGUGGAUGGGGAAUAUGGGAUUUGAAAGGACUGGAAUAUGCAGUACAGUUAUCUAAUAUAUGUAACGUCCUGAAAACACGUAAUCAUCCACUAAUGUUUGUGGCGGAAUACAUUCUUGGCCCUAUUGUUAAAACCUUUACACAGAUAAGAGGAAGUAGACCAUUCCUCGUAAAUAGCAAAGGGAAAUAUCGUAAUUGGAGACAGUAUUUGAGACAAAUAAUGGAUGAAGACAGUCAAGUUUUAUUGGACGACCGAAAGGUUCGUCCAAGUAUAUUGUAUAAAUAUAUCCACAAGCAAGUUAUUAAUCAAAAUAUGCUAUUGUCAUCAUAUAAUUGGAAUGAUAUUUGGAAAAAUGUGGGUUUCCUUCCUGCAGAGUGGCGCGAGACAUCGUGGCGCAUUAUUCAGAAUGUAGUUAUGACUAAAAGUUUUUUGAAUACUCAUUGUUAUAAAAUAGAUGUAAGGUGUUUAAUGUGUCGACGGGAGGAGACAACAAUUCAUGUGUUUUUUGAAUGUCCCAUAGCGGCUCAGGUUUGGAGAUGGGUUGAAAGGGUUUGUAAGACAAAAAUAACAUGGACUAAUGUAAAGUAUCAAACUGACUAUAAAUGUAGGUAUUCGUUCAAAUAUAUGAUAAAUUGGAUUAUAGGGCUAACUAAACGGAUACUUUGGAAGUCGCGAUGUGAACUGAUAUUUGAACAGAGGAAAUGGAAUGCUACAUUUUUGGUUAUGAAAAUUAAGGAAGAAGCGAUAAGGAAAAUUAACAUUGACUGUGAAAAUAUGUCAGAAAGAGAAUUUGCCUGCAAGUAUGGUGGACCAAUUGGAGUAAUUUGGAAACAAGAAAAUGACGUUAUUCUAUUUAGAGAUGAUUGGAGCACCUAA